AUUUCAAGUGUCAGGCAUAAGCAGUCAAAAGCAGAGGCAUAGAGAAAAAAGAUGAACUAGCAAAGAAAAUUGAAGACUUUUGUGAAUUUAUGAGAUUGUAGGUCUACUCCAUCUGGUAUGCUGUUAUUUGGUCCUAAGCGACAUCAUGGACAUCAAAGACCUGAAAUGACAGAUGACUGGGGCGUGUACUGCAAAUACUGAGAAUAAAGGCAUAUGAAACAAUAUGAGCCAUGGUGGUGGGGGCUGAGAACUAAACAAAUAAACAGGACAGCACCUGGUUUACAUCAUUAGAGAUCUGAGAGUUGCGCAGACAGCAGUCAGAACACACAGACGAGUAUGAAGUUUAACAUAGCUGUUGUUGGAAUCAUACUUCUCAACAUAGCAGGUUCUCUCUGCCAGUUAGAUGUAUGUGGUCAAGCUCCCUUCAACAACAAGAUUGUUGGAGGACAGGAUGCAACGGCAGGGUCUUGGCCGUGGCAAGUCAGCAUUCAAAGUGACUCUGGAGGCCAUUUCUGUGGCGGGAGUCUAAUCAAUAAAGACUGGGUUUUGUCUGCAGCUCACUGCUUCCAAAGCUCCUCCAUGGGUACCAUAAUGAUCUACCUAGGACGUCGGAGCCAGUCGGGUUCAAACCCUUAUGAGGAAUACAGGACAGCGAUUCAAUUUAUUAACCAUCCAAACUAUGACAAUCCUAGCGAUGACAACGAUAUAGCAUUGCUCCAGCUCUCCUCUUCUGUGACGUUCUCUGAUUAUAUCAGGCCUGUCUGUCUGGCGGCUGCUGGUAGUGUGUUUGCUGCAGAUACAGAGAGCUGGGUCACUGGAUGGGGCCUUUUACAAGCUGGAGGCACCCAGAUUCCUGACAUACUGCAGGAGGUGAUGAUACCAAUUGUGAGCAACAGUGACUGUGAUAAUGCUUAUGGAGGUGGCAUCACAAGCAAUAUGAUUUGUGCUGGAUUGCUAAAUCAGGGAGGGAAAGAUUCAUGUCAAGGAGACUCUGGAGGUCCAUUGGUCAGUAGGAACGGCUCCCAGUGGAUUCAGUCUGGCAUUGUGAGUUUUGGUCAAGGAUGUGCACAACCAAAUUAUCCUGGUGUGUACACCCGAGUGUCUCAGUACCAGGAUUGGAUCAACUCUCAGAUAAGCAGCAACCAGCCUGGAUUUGUCGAAUUCAAUUCCAGUUUCAGAAGCAAACCUAACCUGCUUUUAUUUUCCAUUUCUAUCACAUUCUCCAUUAUUCCUUUCAUAUGCUCCCUAUAUCUCUCUUCAGAGAAAUUGUUUGAAUGAUUAUUCUCAGGGUUCUUUGAUUAAGAGGUUUACAUUAAAAUGUUGUGCUCUAAUGAAGCGUUCGGCAAACACGUGCCCUCAGAGUAUAUGUUAUAUAUCAAUGAUAUAUAAUUGUUCAUGAAGGCUGGAAAUGAAAACGCCUUAUAUUCGGUGUGCAUAAUUAUUUCUUUUAUCACAAGUAAUAUCAUACAAGGUUUUUCAACUAAUCCCAAACCUGUUAUUUUUUGCCUGAUUUAUAAUAAAACUAAAUUCCUUUAUGUUGAUUUUAUAUUCAUAAAUGUUCAAAUUGUUAGCCUAACUUUUUUGUAUUCUAAUAAGAAAUAAAACUUUUACUUUCUUAAUUUCACUCUAGCUUAACAAAAAAGCCCAGAAAAUGUACAAUUUGCACAGCCUACAAACUCUAUACUGUAUUCAAUAUGUAACUUAUUAAGUUAUGUAAUGCCCUGUUCUUUCAUUUCCUUUUUUUUUGUUAGUGUUAGUGUUUCUGCAGUGAGCUAUGGUAUUGAUUGUUCAUAUUUUAUUCUUAAUCAUUAUUUUAUUCUUAAUUAUUGUUAUGUUCUAAUUUUGUAGUACCAUAAUGUCAACUGAAUGUUCAAAUAUAGAGAAAAAAAAUAUAGUGCUCCAUUUGGCAACUGUUUUUCACUGCUGUUUACAUCAUAUACAUAGCCUCCGCCAGUUGCUGAGACAAGUGUGAUAUCUUAAAGACAUGCUUUUCAUAAAAAUGUGUGCUUUGGUGGGAAUUAUUUUACACAUAACUAAAGAUAAUUUUGGAAUAAGUUAACCAAGAGUCACUGGCCUGGUACUUUAAAGACUAAUAGACAUUUAGGCAAUUUUCAUUGAACCAUUGUGUGAACCAACGAUCUCUUUCUCUCACAUACAAUUACACACUCCAAGAAGGUGACACACAGCCUUUGUUUCAGUAUAAAAGGAGGUCAAACAAAGCAUCAGCAUAGCAGGAGAGAGCAAGAGUAUAUUUCAGCUGAGAGAACCAGAAUUACAGAACAGUCUUCAGGCAACUAGAUAAACAGAAGCCCACUCAAAAGAACAUUUAGAUGUGUAUUCAUAUGUACAUACAGACAUGGCCAAAUAAAUACAUAAAUAAGAAUAAAUUAACAAUAAGUAUAAUUACAUAAAAACAAAGUCAGAAAAUAGUCAUUCCUAGCUCAAAAUAUUUUAACCAGUUCCCAAACCAGUAUACUUUGCUAUAGUUUAAAAUACUGGCCCUAUUCAUGCCCAACACUUCACAGUCCCUUUGAAUUAGUGAUGUGAUACAAUCCUGCAGUAUUUUGUGUAAAGAGCAUGUUAAAAGUCUAAUUUCUACAGCUACAUUGAUGCCUUUGAGCGCACACACUAACUGUCAAG